AUGUCGUAUAGAAAAUCCACAAAAAAACAGUUGGUCUUGCCAACAUACAAGUUAGACUCCAACUUGGUGCUCCUUCCCGGGAUAAUGUACAAUGUGACCUUCUCCCGGUUCAAAGCCGCAGCUUUACUCUACCGCUUCAAAGACCUCGUCUCAAAAGUAUCCAUCAUCAACAACUUGCUCAACGAGUAUGACUUUGACACCGCAGAAGGCGAGUCACCCACUAUGAUCUCCCGCGAUGCCAUCGAAGGCAUAACCGACUUCUUUAAGGGUGAACACAAGCAAGAAGACGUCGACGAGUUUGAAUGGUUGACACUCGCUAUCAUCCCAAACACCGACAAGAUAAAGAGCCCCACCAAAAUUGACAAUAACGUCUAUACCGUGGUGAGAAUCGUGGGUAUUGUCGACGAUACCACCAACAUCAAAUUGACAUUGCAGGCAUUGGCUAGAGGCGUGGUGGUGCCCAAGGACACGAAAACUAACGAACUGUUGGUUGAAGUGGACUGGAAUACCCUGGUUUAUGAUUUGUCUAAACUUGUAAAGUCAUUAAAGGGCAAUGCUAGUGUAUUGUUCAAGUCGAUUGACAAGUUCUUAUCUGAAUAUAGACAGGCACUUAAUAAUGGAACAACCACCCAGAAGCUAUCAUUGACUAAAUCGGAUAAAGACAAGAACAGUCCUAUUACUGAUAAACAAAACGAUUUGCUUACAUUAAACCCACUUGCUAACGCAUUAUAUCUCCAAUUAGCAGGCUCAAAAGAUUUUAGCAAGGCCUUUAUCAGCUUGCAAAAAUUGUAUGGGACGGAAAUAGACAGCAAGACAUACUUGCGUCUUAUAGAUUUAACAUGUGCUAUUCUUCCAUUUCCAAACUAUGAACGGUUAAACUUGUUGAAUAAACACAAGCUUGGUGAACGGGCAAUUGAGAUCAACAACAUGAUUGCCAGAUUAACCAAGGUGUUUGACGAGUUGAGAGCUAACAAUUCGUUUGUCAAUCACUGGUUCCAUAAUGAAGCAACAAACAUUCAAAAGGCCAAUGUGGUUUCUAACGAGUUGAAGCUGAUUAGAAUCCUCUUGGAAGGAAUGACUAAAUCCAAUAAAGAGAAUGGCAGGAAAGCCAACUCUCCUGCUGUUCCCAAGAGACACCCAGAUGAAGACUUUGACGAAGAGGAAGAUGACGACGAGCUCAAGGCCAUUACUAAUUUCAUCAAGAAUAAAUUACCUCAUAUCACAACCAUUGCACCCGACUCCAAGAGACUUCUUGUAAAGGACUUUAAGAGAAUAAAAGCAGGCAACACACCAGGGGGCAAUUCUGACUUUCAUGUCAUUAGAAAUUAUUUGGAAAUAGUCAUGGACAUCCCCUGGGACAAGUACGUUUCCAAAUUCAAAUCUAACCGAGACAUUGAUAUCAAAGCCGCCAAGAAACAGUUGGAUGAUGACCAUUAUGGAUUAGAACAUGUCAAGAAACGGUUAAUCCAAUACUUGGUUGUUUUGAAGUUGUUGGGAAUGAACACUAAGCAAUCGCCUGCUGCUCCACCAGCUACACCAGCUCUCCCUCCAACCAGCAGCAACUCCAAUGAAAGUAUGCUCCAGGGGAACAUUGUCAUUGCUAACAAUGAUGAAACCUAUCAUGUUCGUCAGCAAGCUAAAUCACAGGUGAAGCAGUCGAUGACGGAAAGUAGAUUGGAUCAGGAAUCGCUCGAAGUUUCCAAGCAUAACAAGUCGCCCAUUAUCAUGCUUGCUGGUCCACCAGGUACUGGUAAGACUUCGUUGGCCAAAUCUAUAGCUACCUCUCUUGGUCGAAACUUCCAAAGAAUUUCGCUUGGUGGUAUUAAAGAUGAAAGUGAAAUUCGAGGUCACAGAAGAACCUAUGUUGGUGCUAUGCCAGGGUUAAUUAUCCAAGCUCUUCGUAAAGCCAGAUCAAUGAACCCAGUUAUCCUCUUGGAUGAAAUUGAUAAGGUUAUCGGUGGCAAUAGCGGACUUAAUAGGUUCAAUGGUGAUCCAUCGGCUGCACUUUUAGAAGUGUUGGAUCCAGAACAAAACAAUACGUUUAUUGAUCACUAUUUGGGAUUCCCUGUUGAUUUAUCCCAAGUUAUCUUCAUAUGUACAGCCAAUGAACCACACAACAUGACAAAGCCGUUAUUGGACCGUUUGGAAAUGAUUGAGAUUGGUGCCUACGACUACAAUGAGAAGUACAUUAUUGGGAAGAAGUACUUGCUUCCUAGACAAGUCAAACGUAAUGGGUUCCCAGUAAAAGAGUCGAUGGAAGAAUUUGUCAAUAUUUCCGAAACAACAAUGAAGAAAAUCAUCAUUGAUUACACGCGCGAGUCUGGUGUACGUAAUUUCGAGAGAAAGUUGGGUACGAUUUGUCGAUUCAAGGCUGUGGAGUACUGUGAGUGUUUGAACUCAGAUACUACGUAUAACCCUGUGGUGGACGAGCAAGAUUUGGCUAUUUAUUUGGGUGUUCCUUACAACAUGCCCAAUUAUAGUUCUGCUGAAGGGACAACCAUUGGAAAUUCCCGUGUUGGUGUUGUUAAUGGGUUGUCGUACAAUUCUGAUGGUUCAGGGUCAGUGCUUGUUUUUGAAAGUAUUGGGUUUGAUAGAAGAGUAGGUGGUGGUUCAAGUAGCUCCGGUUCUGGAGCUACCCUCAACAUGACUGGUAGGCUCGGUGAAGUUCUUUUAGAAAGUGGAAAGAUUGGGUUAGUGUUUAUAAAACUGAUGAUUUAUAAAAACUUACUCAAGGGCCAAGAUCAAAAGACCUUGCUUGACAAAUUUAACAACUUGGAUAUCCACAUUCACGUUCCUAUGGGAUCGAUUUCCAAGGACGGUCCUAGUGCAGGUAUAACCAUGGCAUUGCUGUUUUUGUCGGUGCUCCUUAAUAAACCUGUCCCUUCUGAGUUCGCCAUGACUGGUGAAAUCACGUUACGUGGGCUAGUCCUUCCUAUUGGUGGAGUUAAGGAGAAACUUAUGGGUGCCCAUCUCAACCCUAGUGUCACGAAGAUGAUUGUCCCUAGAGCAAACAGAAAGGACUUGAUUGAGGAGUACAGCAGAAGCAUAGAGGAAGUUGGGGAAGUCAUUGAUCAGAAUUUAAUCAAUGACUUGCUCAAGGAUAAUGAAGAGCAUGAAUUCAAGAUGAAUCAGGUUGAAAAAUUUUAUUUGAACAAGUAUGGUAUCCAAUUGUUUUAUGCUCAUGAAUUUUACGAUGUUAUGAAGAUUGUAUGGAAUGAUCUGGAUUUAUUAAAGCAAGCUACAAGAGUCGUUGAAUAUCAUAUAUAG